AAGAAGCUGCUUCAGUUAUGUUCAAAUCACUUCACCUUCUUCACCAAACAAAGGGAUAAAGGAAUUGGAGGGAGUGGGAAUCAUCGGGAACCGUAGCCUUUAUCGGCGAAGGUGGUGGAGGAAUCUGGCGUUGGUGGUUCACUAGGAGAUCGAUAUAUACGAUCCGAUUCGAUACGAUUUGAGUGGGGAUGAGAUCGACGGAGCGAAGCCAAGGAGGAGAGAUGGAGCUUGCUGGUGCCAGAGUUUCGGUGCCGAACAAUGUGCCCACGACGACGACGACGAUGACGACGACGAAACCAAUAAGCCUGGUGAGGCUCUUCUUCUCAUGUAUGGUUGCAGGCGGUGUGCAGUACGGAUGGGCUCUGCAAUUAUCUCUGCUGACCCCCUACGUUCAGACGCUUGGAUUGUCGCAUGCACUCAGCUCCCUUAUGUGGCUAUGCGGUCCCGUUGCUGGUUUUGUGGUUCAACCUUGUGUUGGUUUAUGGAGUGAUAGAUGCCAUUCACGAUUUGGAAAGAGAAGACCAUUCAUACUUGUCGGGUGCUUGCUGAUUUCUACUGCAGUUAUUGUGAUUGCCUUUUCCUCAGACAUCGGUUUCAAGCUGGGUGAUACCAAGGAACAUUGCAGUGUGUAUCAUGGUCCUCGGUGGCGGGCUGCAUUCGUUUUUGUAGCUGGAUUUUGGAUGCUGGAUCUGUCCAACAAUGCAGUACAGGGUCCAGCCCGAGCUCUCAUGGCUGAUCUCUCAGGGCAUCAUGGAACCAAUGCUGCUAAUGCUAUAUUUGCUGCAUGGAUGGCUAUUGGAAACAUCCUUGGUUAUUCAUCUGGUGCUAGUGGAGAGUGGCACAAGUGGUUGCCUUUUUUGUCAAAUAAGGCUUGUUGUGAGGCUUGUGCAAAUUUGAAAGGAGCAUUCUUAGUUGCUGUGGUGUUUCUUAUAAUCUGUGUGAUGGUGACCUUCGUUGUUGCUAAAGAGGUGCCUCUUCCAUCCGUCAAAGGGAGCACUGAAGCGGAGGAUGAUAGAGUGGGAAUAAUGGACAUUUUCAAAAGUAUCAAGAAUUUGCCACAAGGAAUGCCUUCUGUUCUUCUCGUCACUUCACUUACUUGGUUGUCAUGGUUUCCAUUUAUCCUUUAUGAUACUGACUGGAUGGGCCGCGAAGUCUUCCAUGGAAGUCCAAAGGGAACUCCGGCUCAGAUGAAAGCAUACAACGAUGGAAUCAGGGCAGGUGCAUUCGGCCUGCUACUAAACUCGGUUGUUCUUGGAGUGACCUCAUUCCUGGUAGAGCCAAUGUGUCGCAAGUUCACCCCUAGAAUCGUAUGGGUGUCAAGCAAUUUCUUUGUUUUUAUCUGCAUGGCUGCCACUGCCAUCAUCAGCACGUGGUCUCUACACACCUACCAUGGUAACAUCCAGGAUGUCAUCAUCACUCCGGAUGGUAAAGUGAAAGCAGUUGCUCUGUUUGUGUUUUCGGUCCUGGGUGUUCCAUUAGCGAUUUUGUAUAGCGUGCCUUUUGCAGUAACGGCACAGCUAGCUGCCAACCAAGGAGGUGGCCAAGGUCUGUGUACUGGAGUACUCAACAUUUCCAUCGUCAUCCCGCAGGUGAUCAUAGCACUUGGGGCGGGACCGUGGGAUGCUAUCUUCAACAAAGGCAACAUUCCUGCAUUUGCUUUUGCGUCAGGGAUCGCCUUCGUGUGCGGCAUUGUUGGUCUCUUCAAGCUUCCAAGGCUCUCUCGCUCUAACUUCAAAGCCAGUAUGGGUGGCAUGCACUGAAAAUAAUUCCUCUCCUUUCUUGGUUAUCCCUGUUGUUUUGCUUCAUGCUUUUAUAGGUACUGAAGCCCCAUCCUGAUGAUUUGGUUUUGCGUUAAAUGUCUAAUAAAAUGUUGCAAACUUGAAUUUAGAAGAUCUUAAUGAGAGAUGAUCUUAAUGAGAGAUGAAGUUGUAGAGUUUGUGUUAUGCUGGAUGGAGCUUUAAUAGGUCCCUCCCUCUCCAAAUAUAGUGUAGUUCACACUGUGUAUUGGUUCAGAGCUUGACAGAAUAUGCCAAGCUAGUUAAAAUGCCCAUACGACCUUGUGUUUUGCCUUAAUGUACCAUCAACAUGAGAAAAUAAAAUGAGUGAUUGUGUUUAUUUUAUCUUAAAA